UCCUCUAGUGUCGUCUUUUCAAAUCCACUUCCUGUCCGCGGCUGAAAAAAAUAAAUUGACUGACUAGAUUCCUCAAAGGCGCUAGGACACCUAAGUAUCUUGAACCGGCGCGGAAAAGGGCGGCCUGACAUUGGAAGUGGCACAGGGUCCUGCAGCGAGUCCUUCCGGGGGGUGACUUUCAGCCGGCCUUUGGGGCAUCAGACCUUCUGCCCUAGAACCAUGGCCCAGUUCGUGCGUAACCUCGCGGAGAAAGCCCCGGCGCUGGUGAACGCUGCUGUGACUUACUCCAAGCCUCGAUUGGCCACAUUUUGGCAUUAUGCCAAGGUUGAGCUCGUUCCUCCAACCCCUGCUGAGAUCCCUACAGCUAUUCAGAGCCUGAAAAAAAUAGUCAAUAGUGCUCAAACUGGUAGCUUCAAACAGCUUACAGUUAAGGAAGCUGUGCUGAAUGGUUUGGUGGCUACUGAAGUGUGGAUGUGGUUUUAUAUCGGAGAGAUCAUAGGCAAGCGUGGCAUCGUUGGCUAUAAUGUUUGAAGACCAAUCUUUAACAUCUGAUUAUAUUUGAUUUAUUAUUUGAGUUUUCUUGGACCAUAUAUGAUCAGAUUGCUAUCUGAAUAAAGAUGUAUCAGAAUAAGAUG